CUCAAAAAUACGACGAAUUUCAUUCAAAUAUUUUUGAACCUCUUAAACCUUUACAACCGACUGAUGCCCCAGUGACGCGAUGUUACAAUUUAAAUUUAAUAAUCAAAGAGUUGGCACCUGAUGGAUAUAUGCGCCCUGUUUGGACUAUUAAUGGACAAUACCCAGGUCCAAUAAUUCAAGCAAACUAUGGUGACAGACUUCUCAUUAAUGUAACCAACAAUUUGGGAGAACCAACUUCGAUUCAUUGGCACGGUAUAGAACAAAGAGGCUCAAAUCUUUACGAUGGACCUCCGGGAAUGGUACAAUGUCCGAUUCCCAAUGAUUAUUCUUUACUAUAUAAUUUCACAGUUAAUCAAACUGGAACUUAUUGGUAUCAUUCCCACACUGCGGGUCAACUUAUCGAUGGAUUAAAAGGCCCAUUAAUAAUUUUCGAUCCUAAAGAUCCACACCAUAACAAAUAUGAUUUCGAAUACGUAAUAACAAUAUCAGAUUGGUACCAUAAUACAUCAGAUACUAUGAUUUCAAUGAUUCUUGCUCAUGGAUUUAAAGGAGUUGAUCCUAUGCCUGAUUCUGGUGAAAUUAGUGGUAAAGGACAAUAUAAUUGUAGUACGGUCCCUAAAGGUUCGAAAUGUAACCCAAAUAAUGGAAUUGCUACCUACAAAAUUAAAAGGGGUAAAAAAUAUAGAUUUAGAAUAAUAAGCAUAAGUUCAGCAGCUCAUAUUAUAUUUUCGAUUGAUGAACAUCCACUCACGAUCAUUGAAGUUGAUG